UGAACCUUCAGCAAUCAACACAGUCAACUAGAAUGUCAUACAAACCAGUACUUCCCAUCGGCCAGAAGGAAAAAAAUACGCUCAUUAAUGCACCAGCAUCCCCGUAUGUUGAAGGCUAUCUAGAAACAAUUGGAUUAUUUCCUGCUCAGUUACACGUUCCAUUACAAGAAGCGGGUAAUUCUAUAGUUUCCGACUGUCUCGGAUGCGCUAUUGGCUGGGGUUCGGCGAGAUUGAGCGCAACCUUGGGGAGUUAUGUCGGCGAUUCGGGGCGGGGAGCACAACAGAAAUCCCUCCAAGGUUCGACUAUAAAGGCCAGCCAUGAAACCGAUAUGAGUUCCCUUUUCUCUCUCUCAAUGUCUCACGGAAAACAGUUCACUCUCUAUACCCAUGUCGGCGGCCCGAACGGAUGGAAAGUCGCUUCUGUUCUUGAGGAGCUCGGCCUCACCUAUGAGUCAACCUAUCUCAACUUUCAGAGCGCCGAGCAAAAAAGCCCCGAGCAUUUAAGAUUGAACCCUAACGGUCGCAUUCCAACCAUCAUUGAUCAUGGCAACAAUGAUUUCGUUCUCUGGGAGUCCGACGCGAUUCUUCUCUAUCUUGGCGAAAAGUAUGACACUCGGAAGCGGCUCACUGUGACGGAUGAGAGCGAGAAGCAUCAGAUGUUGCAGUGGCUCUUUUUCCAGGCAUCAGGCCAGGGACCCUACUUCGGUCAGGCCGCUUGGUUCAUCCGUAGCAAUCCUGAGAAGAUCCCGUCUGUGAUCAAUCGAUACACGAAGGAAAUCACUCGCAUAUUUGGAGUUCUCGAGAGUGUUCUCGUCAAACAAGAGUGGCUGGUUGGAGGCAAGAUGACUAUUGCUGACAUGUCCUUUGUCAUGUUUAAUCACUUCACUCUCGUCCAUCUGGUCCCAACUGGCCAUCUAGGGGACUUUGACUUCUGGAAGGAUUUUCCUGCGACCGCCGCUUGGCAUGCUAGACUGACCGCUAUUCCCUCCAUCAAGAAGGUCAUAGACCAACGUGCAUGCAUGCUUCAGAAGGAAUCAUGAUUUAGAGACUCGGACAUCUGGAAUAUCUGAUGUCGCAUUUUCUCUACUAGGAAAUACUGUAUCGUCAGUCUGUGUUUUAUCUCAUCUUACUCCACGGGAAUCCUUCACCAUUUAGUAUCAUUUCAUGCCGCUAUUCAGCUGGUUAUUCUACUUAGGGCCGGGGCGGAGGAGUCUGUCAACUUUCUUUCAUCGAUGCUUCUGUCGCAUGCAAGACACGUUUGAGAUUCUCCAGGCAAGAAGAUUGGCAGUAUUAGAGCUUUUUUGACCUCUGGUUCACUACUUAGCAAUGUAUGAGCUGAAGGUAGCCGCAAAAGGUGUAAUUUGAACGCACGGCACAUGGUGGCGUCG